AUGGACCUCUAUAAUGAACAUUGCGACCUCUAUAAUGAACAUUCUGACCUCUAUAAUGAACAUUCUGACCUCUAUAAUGAACAUUCUGACCUCUAUAAUGAACAUUCUGACCUCUGUAAUGAACAUUCUGACCUCUAUAAUGAACAUUCUGACCUCUAUAAUGAACAUUCUGACCUCUAUAAUGAACACUCUGACCUCUAUAAUGAACGUUCAGACCUCUAUAAUGAACAUUCUGACCCCUAUAAUGAGCAUUCUGACCUCUAUAAUGAACAUUCUGAUCACUAUAAUGAACAUUCUGGCUUCUAUAAUGAACAUUCUGACCUCUAUAAUGAACACAUGGACCUCUAUAAUGAACAUUGCGACCUCUAUAAUAAACAUUCUGACCUCUAUAAUGAACAUUCUGGCUUCUAUAAUGAACACAUGGACCUCUAUAAUGAACAUUGCGACCUCUAUAAUAAACAUUCUGACCUCUAUAAUGAACAUUCUGACCUCUAUAAUGAACACAUGGACCUCUAUAAUGAACAUUGCGACCUCUAUAAUAAACAUUCUGACCUCUAUAAUGAACAUUCUGACCUCUAUAAUGAACACAUGGACCUCUAUAAUGAACAUUAUGACCUCUAUAAUAAACAUUCUGACCUCUAUAAUGAACAUUCAGACCUUUAUAAUGAAAAUUCUGACCUCUUUAGUGAACAUUCUGACCUCUAUAAUUAA